UAUUUAUUUAUUUAUUUAUUUAAAUGUGGUUUCGAUUUCCUGCAGAGCUCAGUGUAUUUAGUAACGUUGUGCAGAGAGACCAGUGCAGAGCUUUGCUGUGGGCCCUUUACAGUCUCCAAUAUAAUGAAUUAUCUGGAAGACACAUCUCCUUGCCCUCUAAGUGAGGAGGAGAGCAGACUGGCCUAUAGAGCAAAGCAGAAAGCCUUGGAUAUUUUAAUUGAUGCCCUGAAGAAAAGGGACAGCGUUUUGGUUGAGAAAGCAGGGGAAAAUACUAAUUCUGUUGGGAGACGCCCAUCUCUCACCCCUCACCUGGUGCACAGUCUGAGGAAAGAACUGAAGCAAGUGACUUUUGUGAAAGUGGACCACCCAUUCUAUGCCAUUUGUUACAUCUACCCCAGAUCACAUGAGAGAAGAAUAUAUUUGGGCCCCCGAUUCUGGAAACAAGGGGAGAUCCUAGGGGCAGAUUCUCGUCCUGGGUUACUGAUUGAAAAGGCGGCACAGUUUCUGCUUGACAAAACUCCUACAGACGUACAAGGCCAGCGCCAUGAACCACGUCAGAUUCGCUAUGAGUUUGAAAGGGUCUUGAAACAUUGGGGAAUUUACAAUGGUCACUUCUACUCUUGCUGCGGGGAAACAGUACGGGAUUCUGUUUGUGAAUGUUCUUUUAUCAGUUCCAGGCCAUGGACACUGAGUGAGGAAGAGUGGAACUUGGCAGAGGAAGCAAAGCAGAGAACUCUGAUGAUUCUGUUUGAUGCUCUGGAGAAAAAGGAAAGUCUCUUAGUAGAGAAUCCUGAGGAUUUUGUUGGCUUAGAAAGACUGAAUAUGUGCCCCCUAAUCCCCCUAAACUUGGUGAAAGAUCUGAUCACAAAUCUUGCCAGUGUUACAUUUAGGAAGGGAUACAAUGUAAAUUAUGUUCUGCCAUAUUUAGACAAAAUCAUUAUUUAUCUGAGCCAUGACUUUUGGCAACAAAAUGAGAUGUUGGAGUGUGGGUCCCGCCCAGGAACCCUCAUUCUGGAACUGUCACAAUUACUGGGAUAUAAACGAUAUUUGAAGGAACCCGCAGAUGAGGGAGAACAAAACAAAGUGCAACAACAGCCACAUAAAUUCCCACUUACUGCUUUUAACAUCUGCUGGGUGUUUGAAACCUGGAUGAGACACAGAGGAGUCUACUCGGGAUCUUAUGCCUGCUGCGGGGAAGAGUCAAGGGAUUCUGUGUGUGCACUUUCUCACUUGGCCGUCUGUUUGAAUGAUAUAACCCCACCACCACUUACACCUGAAAGAACAUUAGAACCACCUUAUUAUCUGUAAAGAUUCUAUUAAUUGUUUACUGGUUCUGUGUACAGUAGUGGUUCCUUUGCCCAUUUUGAGUAGUGGUUUCAUGUAUAGUAGUGGUACCCAGCCCGAUCCUUUGUGGCAUUGGAAAAUCAAUGUCCAGUAAACAAAAAACAUGGAAAUUUGUAAAAAUAAAUGGGCCCCAAAGUGUCCCUGAGAUCUACAGUUCCUGUAAAGUCUGAAUUUUGUGAUCUGAGGAAGUUAAAUAA